AUGGGAUAUGAGUAUAGAAGACCAAGAUAUGAAUUGUUAAAUGAUGGUCAUGCUUUAGAACAACACUACGUCGCGGAUAAUUUAAUUGAAGAAGAACGAAUUAAGGGAGAAAAGUUUUUUUCGGAUCCUCUUGAAGCUCAAGAAUGUGUUGCAGAGAUGACGUUCGACAUACUAUAUUCUAAAGGUGAUGAAAAAGCUCGAACGUAA